UAGGGAGGAAUUGAGACAGAGAUGGCAGUGCCCGCGCCAACUACUUUGGAUGAUGCUGAAUUGCGAGAAGCUCAGCGAGAUUACUUGGACUUUUUGGAUGAUGAGGAAGAUCAGGGAAUUUACCAGAGUAAAGUCCGGGACAUGAUUAAUGACAAUGGGCAUCGCCUGAUUGUGAAUAUCAAUGACCUCCGCAGAAAAAAUGAGAAAAGAGCCAGUCGUUUGCUGAACAGUGCCUUUGAGGAGUUGCUGGCUUUCCAGCGUGCCCUGAAAGACUUCGUUGCUUCUGUGGAUGCUACAUAUUCGAAACAGUACGAAGAUUUUUAUAUUGGGUUAGAAGGCAGCUUUGGAUCUAAACAUGUGACGCCUCGGACGUUGACAUCCCAGUUUCUCAGCUGUAUUGUCUGUGUGGAGGGUAUUGUUACAAAAUGCUCUUUGGUACGCCCAAAGGUUGUUCGAAGUGUGCACUACUGCCCUGCUACCAAGAAAACCAUUGAGCGGCGAUACACAGAUUUGACGUCCCUGGAAGCUUUUCCAUCCUCUGCUGUUUAUCCCACCAAGGAUGAAGAAAACAAUCCUCUUGAGACAGAAUUUGGCCUGUCAACUUACAGAGAUCAUCAAACCAUCACAAUCCAGGAGAUGCCAGAGAAAGCUCCAGCAGGACAACUUCCUCGCUCUGUAGACAUCAUUUUAGAUGAUGACUUGGUAGACAAAGUAAAGCCAGGAGACCGAGUACAGAUCAUUGGGACUUUCCGUUGUCUGCCAAGCAAGAAGGGUGGUUACACUUCAGGGACAUUUCGGACCAUCCUGAUUGCUUGUCAAGUAAAGCAAAUGAGCAAGGAGGUACAGCCUGAAUAUUCAUCUAAAGAUGUUAGCAAGAUUAAAAAAUUUAGCAAACAGCACUCAAAGGAUGUUUUUGAACAGCUUUCAAAAUCUUUGGCUCCCAGCAUUCAUGGGCAUGAGUACAUCAAGAAGGCAAUUCUGUGUAUGCUCCUGGGAGGAGUCGAAAAAGUGUUGGAGAAUGGAAGCCGGCUCCGAGGGGACAUUAAUAUCCUACUGAUUGGUGACCCUUCGGUUGCAAAGUCUCAGUUGUUACGUUAUGUGUUAUGUACAGCUCCUCGGGCCAUUCCCACUACUGGCAGGGGUUCUUCUGGAGUAGGCUUGACUGCUGCUGUCACAACAGAUCAGGAAACUGGAGAACGUUGUCUGGAAGCUGGUGCCAUGGUCUUGGCUGACCGUGGAGUGGUGUGCAUUGAUGAAUUCGAUAAGAUGUCUGAUAUUGAUCGUACUGCUAUCCAUGAAGUGAUGGAACAAGGUCGUGUUACCAUUGCCAAAGCAGGCAUUCAGGCCCAGCUCAAUGCCCGUUGCAGUGUAUUAGCUGCUGCGAAUCCAGUCUACGGAAGGUAUGACCAGUACAAAACUCCCAUGGAUAAUAUUGGCCUUCAGGAUUCUUUGCUAUCCCGAUUUGAUUUGCUCUUCAUCGUUUUGGAUCAAAUGGAUCCAGAACAAGAUCGGGAAAUCUCAGACCACGUCUUGCGAAUGCAUCGUUAUAGAGCAGCUGGUGAACAGGACGGAGAUGCCAUGCCUUUAGGCAGUGCGGUUGAAUUACUAGCAACUGAGGACCCUUCCUUUACUGAGGAGGAAGAUCAGGAGCUACAAGUGUAUGAAAGGCAUGAUGACCUACUGCAUGGGCCUAGGAGGCGGAAAGAGAAGAUUGUAAGCAUGGAGUUCAUGAGGAAGUAUAUUCAUUUUGCCAAGAUGCUGAAGCCAGUUUUGACUGAGGAAGCAGCAGCGCUCAUAGCCCAGGAAUAUUCUUCCCUUCGCAGUCAGGAGCAGAUCACCUCCGACAAUGCCAGGACUUCCCCUAUUACAGCCCGAACUCUAGAGACAUUGAUCCGGCUCUCAACUGCACACGCUAAAGCGAGGAUGAGUAAAAUAAUUGAAAAGCAGGAUGCCAAAGCUGCUGUAGAGUUGGUACAAUUUGCUUAUUUCAAAAAGGUUCUGGAAAAAGAAAAGAAGCGGAAAAAGCAGACUGAAGAGGACCCCGAAGAAGAAACAGAUGGUGAAAUGUCCCAAGAAAGGGAAGAAAGACAGAAAAAGAGAAGGAAGACAGAUUCCAGCAAGCAGUCACCCACAGAAGGAGAAACAUAUGAUCCUUAUGACUUCAGUGACACAGAAGCAGAAAUGCCAGCCAUUCAGGCACACCCCUCCAAGAUUCCUGAAGCAUCAAGUACUGAUGAGAUUACAUUAAAGUUGUCCGAGUCCAGGCUUAAAACCUUCAAGGCAGCCCUCCUGGAAGUAUUCAGAGUUGCCCAUGCACAGUCUGUGAAUCUGAAGAGCCUGCUGGAAUCCGUCAACCGGGACAAUCCAACUCCUUUUUCAUCAGCUGAAGUCAAAGCAGCGUUGGAACAGAUGCAAGAAGAUAACCAGAUCAUGAUGUCUGAUGAUAUAAUUUUUCUCAUCUAGAGCAACUCUUAUGAGAGGAGAAGGACUUACUAUGUUUCCCUUAGGUGCUUGGUAGGGAUGGGACCUGUUUCCAGCAGCAUCAGUAGAGUUUAUCCAGAAAUCUCAGCUUAGCUGAUUGCUCCAUACCAAAUUCAAAUUUCUCUGAACUAAACUAUGGGGCCGGGG